UUCCCACCUGACCGAUUUGACCUCAAAUCAAGGGAUCUUUCCGUGAAGCGCGCUGUGAACGCAACUCUUCAAACUAACCGAGCACAAUGCUGCUCUGCAGACAGCUCGCCGUCUGCUAGCGCGCCGCUCACGCACGCGUCUGCGUUUUGGAGUAGUAUGGCAGCUUGUGCUGGAGUGGGCGCAGCUUUACUUGGAUGUGUUCUGCUUUACUGCAGCAUGCUUCGUCCUGCAGGCGCGCAGCUCUACCGCAACCGUUACGACGGGGAUCAAGUGUUGAGAAUAACCCCCAGAGGCCAUGGGGAGGUCCAGUUUCUGAAGGAACUUUUCCAGAAUAUGACGGUGGACUUCUGGCAACCGAGCAGUGCUUCGCUCAUCUGUGAGGACAGCUCAGUGGAUGUCCACGUGGGACACCGCAGGACACGGACCCUCAAAACCCAGCUCCAGCAGGCCUUCAUCCACUACGAGGUACUUAUCUCCAAUCUGCAGAAGGAAAUGGAGAAACAGACACAUUCCUGGUCUUCCAGAAAGCGCAGGUCGGAAUUGCAGUACAACUAUGAAGUUUACCAUCCACUGGGAGAGAUCCAGAGAUGGAUGUUUGAAAUGAACCGUACCUACCCACACCUGGUGGACUUGUUUUCUAUUGGACGGUCCUACGAGGGGCGGCCCCUGUAUGUGCUGCAGUUAGGAAACAGAUCGCGGCACUACCGGAAGGCCAUGUGGAUGGACUGUGGUGUGCACGCCCGGGAGUGGAUCAGUCCUGCCUUCUGCCAGUGGUUUGUGAGAGAAGCGCUGGGCUCCUAUCAGCACGACUCCACCAUGAGGCGACUGAUGAAUCAUCUAAGAAUCUUUGUCAUGCCCGUGUUCAACGUGGAUGGAUAUCACUACAGCUGGAAAACUGAUCGCUUUUGGCGGAAAACACGAUCAAAAAAUGCGAAGUAUCAUUGCCGUGGAGUUGAUGCCAACCGAAACUGGAAAGUAAAGUGGUGUGACGAGGGCGCGUCCAGGCACCCAUGUGACGACACCUACUGUGGCCCGUUCCCUGAGUCAGAACCUGAAGUCCGCGCUGCUGCCAGGUUCUUGCGCAAGAACAGGAAACGCCUCCAGGCUUACAUCUCCAUCCACGCGUAUGCCCAGAUGCUCCUGUAUCCGUACUCCUACAAAUACGCCACCAUCCCCAACUUUAACUGCGUGGAAACAGCAGCUCAGAAUGCGGUGACUGCCUUGUACUCUGCACACGGCGUGAGAUACAGAUACGGCCCCGCCUCCACCACCUUGUACGUGAGCUCAGGCAGCUCCAUAGACUGGGCCUACAGACACGGCGUUCCGUACGCCUUCGCCUUCGAGCUGCGUGACACAGGCCAUUACGGCUUCCUCCUGCCAGAGGCCCUGAUUACACCCACAUGUACGGAGACCAUGAGGGCAGUGCGGAGCAUCGCACUGGGCCUGCUGAGGAAAUGCACAUCUUAACCGUGAGCAGCUUCUGCUCUGCCACUCCACACCCCAGAUAAUGUCCCCUUCCGUUUUUAUGUCUUGAGAUACAGCUAAUGUGUCUCUGCUGGCUGUUGACAGUGUGCCAGCACUGAUGUCUCAGGAAUGGUACAUGAUGUGAGUAAAUGCUGAGAUUCACUCUACAGUAAAACAGGAAUUCCAAACUCUUGAGGUUUGGACAUGUGUUGUUGCAUUAGAGUUUAAACUGGACCAUCUGAACCUCUUCUGAAAUACGUCUGCUCGCCUCAGGUUGUCCUGCAAGAAGAACACAGACCAAAGUUUGUAAAUAAUAUAUACUUUUAUGUUGUAGUGAAUAUAUUUUUGUAUUACAUUACUGAUGGUAACUCAAUAGCAUUUAACCGGUUAUGUAACAGGACUAAAGCAAGACUACCUGUGUUUCAUGUAGAACAGGACAAACUUGAUUUACAGUCGUAUUGCGAUGAUCUCUUAUCUUCUACACUACUGUUCUCCGUAUCUAACGACACUAAACUUUUAUCUGAUCGGCUCUCCUCGUGUUCAUCUAAGCUCCACAGCGUUAUAUGUGGCCAAAUUAACAUUCAGUCAAAAUUUAUUUGCGUCAUCGCUGUCCAGGGGAGCACUCUCGAUGCAACUCAUCCCGGGGAGACCGGCUACCAGCCAUCGCUCUUAUUCUCUGGUCCUGGUGGCGUGUAGUGCCAGACAGGAUGCUUAACCUUACAAAAAUCACAGACAAAAAACACAGAUAUUAAUAUUUUAUGUGACACCUUUAUCUAAAGCAACUUACAAUUAUGACUUAAUACAUCUCAAGCUAUUGAGGAUUAAGCAAGGCUCGACAGUGGUGGGGUUUAAACUGGCAACCUUCUGAUUACCAGUCAGUACCUUAAACACUAAAAAUAUGUAAUAAUAUAUAAACAUGAAGCUACAACACACUGACUUUUGCUGUAAUUCAGAUAUAGUAUUAUAUAUCUGAAAAACUAUACUUUUUUUAAUAUGGUAUCUUAUUUAUAGAAAGAUAUUAAUAUUUCUUCAUAUGAUUUUGUAUGUUGGGUGCCUGGUUUGUACUUUUUUAAUGUGUUUUCAAAAGCAUUUAUUGUUUAACAUGUUAAUGUAGCACUGAAAUGUUAGAUUAUUAACUGUGGAAAUAACGUACGAUCAUUAGUGCUAUGGCUGACUUGAGUCACCUUUUCUGUUCAU